UAAAACACUGUAAAAUGUAAUAAUAAUUUGUUACAUGUAAACAUCCAAUUUUAUAUAAUGUUACGCAAUACGCGCAAUAUCUACGAAAUAAAGGCUCGCUGAGCGAGAGUAGGAGGUAUAAAACCGUAAAACGCGACUGGCGAAUUUAGUAAUCCACUAAUCAAGUAAAGUAACUGUUUAGCUCAAACUGGCUGUGAAUUGUGGUGACAAAGUGGAAUCCUCUUCGAAUUUUGCGAUGUCCAGUGAUAAUUCAGACUGCUGUGAUAUAAUUCCAACACCCAAUUACACCAGCAGGACCGAAAAAUAUGACUGGUGGCUGUUAAAAAGAAUAUCAAAAGAUUCGUGCCGUUUACAGGGCGACCCACAUUUAUUAUCAAAACAACAAUUCAGAAUGCGUAAAACAGGUUUCACGUUUGUUUCUAAAUCAGCGUUCCGAAUACAAUACGGGAGUAGCAACGAAAUUGGUGCUUUUAUUAGAUUAACUAAUUCGUAUUGUCUUAUGGGUGGUGACCCCCAACAGUAUGAAAAAAUCCAAAGACUUAUUGAGGGUGACCUCCGCGGGAUUCCCGCGAUAAACACUUCGUUGGCGGGUUGUAAGGUAGUGGGACGGUUAUGUGUGGGCAAUAAAAAUGGACUUUUGGUACCUGACCUGACCUACGACACAGAAUUACAGCUAAUCAAGGAGGCACUUCCAGACUCUGUGAAAGUCUCAAAGAUUGAAGAUAGAUUAUCCGCCUUGGGCAAUGUGAUUGUUUGCAAUGAUAGUGUUGCGCUGAUUCACCCAGAUUUGGACCGAGAAACUGAAGAAGUCAUAGCUGAUACCUUACAAGUUGAAGUUUUCCGCCAUAUGAUAGCUAAUAAUGCCCUAGUAGGCUCACAUUGUAUUUUAAACAACUUCGGAGGAUUAGUAAAUCCUGAUAUUAGUAACAAGGAGUUAGAAAAUUUAUCAUCACUAUUACAGUUGGCGUUAGUUUCCGGGACCGUAAACCAAGGAAACAAACUUGUUGGAUCUGGUGUAGCAAGUAAUGACAGUUUUGCAUAUGCUGGAAUGAAAACCACUGCUAGGGAAUUUACUGCCAUUGAAAGUGCAUUUCAAUUGAAAACUUAAAAUAGUGGUUCCCUUUUAAAAUAAAUCUUACGUUAAUUGUAACACAUGCUGGAUAAAAAGUGUACGUUUUGUAUAAUGCGAAAUAACGGCUGUUUCUUUUUUCCAAUUAAACUUAUUUAUGAA